AUGAACCGAGAAAUCCCAGGGUUCUACUACGAUCCGGAGAAGAAGAAGUACUUUGCAAUUCAGGCAAACCACAAAUCUGCCCCAGGAUCUCAGUACUCCCAAGACGCUGUCAAGCGAAAACGCGCUGACCAGGAGAAACGCCAACGGAAAGCUCGCCUGGUUCAGAGGUACGAGAAGGAAAAGAUCAAGAGAGCAGCAUGCCUGCAACAUCCUCUCCUUCAGGCCCAGAGGGAAGUUGGGGAGCCUGCUGUAUCCAGGCUGGUCGAUCACGAACAAAGAGGUUUGGCAUAUGCUAGCCAAUUACGACGAAAACAGUUACAUCAGUUCGAACCCUGGCCAGAUCAAUAUACCAUCAAGCAUGUUGUGCGCAAUCCGCGGUCCGGAAUCUUGAUUGCCAGUGGACAUCGCGGCGGCGAGUCGUCAGUGUCUGUUUGCUUCCCGGACUGUGAUCAGGAGACAUGGACGUACAAUCGAACCAUGGAGCGUCUGCUCUUCAAAGAACCAUACAGGCUUUCAUCACUCUCCUUGAGCCAGACUGGAUACCUUCUAGCGACGAUGGACAGUGGUCCAAACGGCGACUCUUUCCUCGCGCCACGAAUGCUCCCUGACCCUGAUGAAGGCGGGGACUAUCGAUGGCCGCCAUUCUUCUCUCACCCCAUCCGCAUCCACACCACCUCCUCCCUCUGGUGCUCCGCGCCAUCCCCAACAAGCGACGUUCCCCGCUUCGCAGUCGGCACAUCCGACGGCCUCUACACCCUAGAAGGCCUGGGAAGCUACUGGACACUUUCCAAAAAGCCUUUCCCCAGCGACAAGGCCUCAGGGAAUCCCAAGAAACGCCGCACGGAUUCAUCUCAUGCACUCAUCACAGCCGUCGAAUGGCUCUCUUCGGACGUAAUCGCAGCCGGCCUCAAGGACUCUACUAUCUUCCUCCACGAUGUCCGAUCUGGCGGAAGCGCAGCUAGACUCCAGCACCCUCAUGCAGUAAAGAAGAUCCGCAAGCUUGAUCCCUAUCGGAUCGUUGUUGCCGGUAUAAACUCGCUCCAAAUGUACGACAUCCGCUACCCCCCAAACAACCUCCAACGAAACCCCAACCCCAACAAAGCCAACCACACCUCCACCCGCCCGUACCUAACCUUCUCAACCAACUCUUCCGAAAUAAUCCCGGAUUUCGAUAUCAGUCCUGAGCUGGGGCUUCUUGCUAGCGCAUCCCCUACCGACCACGAUCGCACAGUGCAGCUCUAUUCCCUCCGCACCGGAGAUCAGAUCGUCUCGCCGCUCACUCGCUACCGAUACCGGGACGCGAUCCGAUCCGUGUGUUUUGAAUCCGGGGAUCAGUCGACGCAUGGACCGCAGACGCCUGGUUUGCUGGUUUGUUCGGAGGCGACGGUUGAUGAGUGGAUUUGGUGA